AAGAUGGAUGAAGGUGUAGAAAUCUCAAGUGAUGGAAACUCCCUGAUUAAAGCUGUCCAUCAGAGCCGGCUUCGCCUCACAAGACUCCUGCUCGAAGGCGGUGCCUACAUCAAUGAGAGCAAUGACCGCGGGGAAACACCUUUAAUGAUCGCCUGUAAGACCAAACAUGUUGACCACCAGAGUGUCAGUAAAGCCAAAAUGGUUAAAUACCUGUUAGAAAACAACGCUGAUCCCAACAUCCAGGACAAAUCUGGGAAAACUGCUUUGAUGCAUGCUUGCUUAGAAAAGGCUGGUCCUGACGUGGUUUCCUUGCUCCUGCAGAGUGGGGCGGACCUCAGCUUGCAAGACCAUUCUGGUUACUCGGCCCUCGUUUAUGCUCUAAAUUCAGAAGAUAGAGAGACCCUGAAAGUUCUGCUUAGUGCUUGCAAGGCCAAAGGAAAAGAGGUCAUUAUCAUAACAACAGCAAAAUCGCCUUCUGGCAGGCACACUACCCAGCAGUACUUAAAUAUGCCUCCUUCAGAUAUAGAUGGGUGUCCUUCGCCAUCCCCCUGUGCCACCCCUUCGGAAAUAGACAUAAAAACAGCCUCCUCUCCACUUUCACAUUCUUCUGAAACUGAAAUGACACUUUUCGGCUCUAAAGAUCUGGAGCCCUCAGGAAGCCAUGAUGAUAGUCAGGAUCCAGGCUCUCCUGUGAGGAAGCCUGCCGUGGCCCUCAAUGGGCCCAAGCUACCCCAGGCUCCACCCUGGAUCAAGAGCACCCCCUCAUUAAUGCACCAGAACAGAGUGGCCUCUUUGCAAGAGGAGCUCCAGGAUAUUACUCCAGAGGAAGAAUUAUCCUACAAAACCAAUGGGCUGGCACUUUCCAAGCGAUUCAUCACCAGGCACCAAAGCAUCGAUGUAAAAGACACGGCGCAUUUGCUAAGAGCCUUUGAUCAGACCAGCUCAAGAAAGACAUCACAUGAUGAAAUAAAUUAUCAGUCAUUUUUUCCAGAAGGGAGUCAGCAAUGCCUUGAAAGCCCUGUUGACCAGGACCCAGACUCUAACCAGACAAUAUUGGCUUCCACCUUAAGAAGUAUAGUUCAGAAAAGAAACUCGGGGGCAAAUCACUACAGCUCGGAUUCCCAGCUCUCGGCUGGCCUCAUCCCUACCACUUUAGAAGACGGCCGAGCGUUUACAGGAAAGAAAAAGAUCCUCUCACCAUCGCCUUCCCUGUUGGCAGGGUCCAAAGAAUUGCUGGAGAAUGUCGCCCCAGGCCCUCUGAGCAGGAGAAACCAUGCGGUGUUAGAAAGACGCGGUUCCGGAGCUUUCCCUUUAGAUCACAAUUUUACCCAAAGCAGACCAGGAUUUCUGCCGCCCUUAAAUGUGAAUCCUCACCCCCCCAACGCAGAUAAUGUCAACAAGAUUUCCAACCUCCUUUCUUGUGGCCAAAAAGUGCUUAUGCCAACGGUUCCUGUUUUCCCUAAAAGUAAAAAAAUUUUGUUAAGGAGACAGUCAUUGCAAACAGAACAAAUUAAGCAGUUAGUAAAUUUUUAAGAGAUGGCUG